AUGGAUGUUUCUUCCACUUCCGAUGAUGAAAUAACCCUCUUGCGCACUUGGGCCCUGACUGUCACUCACGUGGCAUGUGAUUAUACGGAACAGAAAUUCAAUGCAGAGAAGACAGGAGGAGACCCAGUUAUACCUUCUCCAAACCUAGACACUGAUCUGGUGAUGGCUUGUGAUCAAUUGGUUGAUCGGCUCAUAAAGGCAUAUAAAAAUCCCAUUCAGAUGCCGAUUGAUAUUGCAAGAUAUAGCAAAUUGAUCUCCCCAAAGGACACAGGGCGUAAUGAAGAGAGAGAGGAAAAGUUGCUCGAGAGGUGUCCUCCUGGCCAUGAGGGCACAAAGUUGAUCGACAUACCCGCAACAAUUCUUGAUGCAUCCGGUGCCAUCAUCGCAUGGUACCUCCCAGAUGCCUUGACCGAUGCCACCCAGAAUAAAAUUUGGGCGGCCUCGGAUUUGCUAGCUCCCAUGCUCGAACAAAGCAUAAAGCUCGAUGGGGAUUUGGCGGACUAA